AUGUCGGCCUUUUUGUUGCUCACGCUGGCCUUUUCUGCUACAGGAAUGACGGCAGAAAAUGUCACAGAUACAGCUAUUGAAGAGAGACCUGUAAUAGCCAAGGGUAUACUAAAGGUAAGUCUUACAUGUGAACUGAUGUGGUGAUUAAAUUAAUGAAAUUACUGUACUUACUUUGGUUUAAAUGUCAUACUUAGGAGCAGGACACAUAUUUAUUGUUGACACAUGAAGGCUACACUAUCUUUAAUCUAACUGCAGAGACACACAUUUGACAUGGUGGUUGUGGUAAUGACAAGUGAUCAUUGUCUGUUCAUCUUUCCCUCAGGCUCCAAGUGUGGUUGGAUGAGCCAUCAAGAAGAUGCCUGAGCUCUAUAAGUUCCUUAUGGAGCGAUGGGCAUUGUAGUAUCCUUCUAUUGUGGUUGCUGUGGAGAUUUCAAAUAGAGUUAUGGGAACUGCAGUAGCAUUGUAUUGAGGUUACUAUGUAGAUUUCUAACGGGCCAAUCGUUUUUUUUGUCAGAUCAAGUCUGCGUUGAACUGUAAUGAGUUGUCAUUACCUCAUACGGUUACAUAGUACCUCACGUAAUUGUUUCCAAAACUUGACCCACCCAAAGCCUUUUUGUAUUUUCUCACGACCUUACAGAUAACCAAGACAUUUUUUUUAGGGACAGCCCAGUUUUAUACCAGCAUGAAUUGGCCUCAAACCACAAGUGUGUCUAACCAGGCCUUCAGGAAACAUAGUUCUUCAAAUGUCAGUGUUUAAGUAUGUUUAAUGAUGUUAGAUCUCACUGGAAACAUAUCCAGAAGUAGAUUGUUCUUGAAUUUGGUAGCGUUCUUGUAUUCUACGGGCAGAGAUUGAGCCCAGUCCUGGACUUAAACUGGAGAAUCAGAGAAUCAACAUUAGAGAAUGCUUUAUGGAGAAUCUUCAUUGAAAUAGAUUUUUAGUACAGAACUGGGCUAAAUCAGUCUUCAGGAUAUCGGCCCUACAUGUUUUUUUCCUUGAUCCUCCUUUCCAUUGAAGUCACAACCUGGAAUAUGAUUCAGGAGAGGAGAAGAAUCCACGUCUGAUCUUCUAUAAUGAUAAGGAUGAGGUUGUUCAGGUUAGAUAUGGAUUCCCAUUCAAGGUGUUACAUGUCAUCUACUGUACGGGUCAGACAAAUAUUAUCUGCAAAAUGCUUUGGAAAAUAACAUCUAUUUUCUUGAGCUUGACUCAAGCCUGACAAGAUUAGAGAGGGAUAAAUAACUAUUGCAAGAAGACAUUACACAAUGAAAAAGAGGAGCAUAUCGGUGUGGUCUGAAACAGUUAAAGAGAAUGUGAUGUUGCAAAUACAUUACUCCUCUGUGUCUUUUGUAUCCCGAGUGGCUCAGCGGUCUAAGGCACUGCAUCUCAGUGCUAGAGGCGUCACUACAGACCAGGGUUCAAUCCCAGGCUGUAUCACAAACUGGCUGUGAUCGGGAGUCCUGUAGGGUGGCACACAGUUGGCCGGGUUAGGGGAGGGUUUGGCCGGGGGGUGGGGGCUUUGCAAGUAGGUCGUCAUUGUAAGUAAGAAUUUGUUCUUAACUGACUUGCCUAGUUAAAUUAAGGUAAAAUAUAAAAAAAUGUGAACCUUUUAAUCUUCAUUAUGGUUGCUUGCCUGUACUGAAUGUAAGCAUUUUGUGUGUGUUGUAUCAGACUGUCUCUGUGAAGAAGAUGAAGGUGGAUGAGAUCAGUAGCCUGCUGGACUCUCUGGGUUUCUACAAGAGAUCUCAGAAGGGAGAGGAGGUGCCAGACGAGUUUCAACACUUUCCCCUGAGAGCUCCCAGGGAUGAGUUGUGA